GUCAAAGUCAAAUCUUACAAGAGAAGGACUGCAGGAGGAAUGUUUUAUUUUUAUUAAUAAAAAAUUGAUUUAAACCCUUGAUAUAACAAAAUUGUUGAUAUCAAGACCUACCUUUGCAAUGGCAUUAGCUAUUAGAUGGUCUUCGAGUGAGGUUUUUGGGGCAGCGAAAUGGUUCAUAAGAAGAGAUUGUCGUGCCUUAUCAACUAUUCCUGAAAGAGCUGAGGAACAAACUGUUUCACCGAAACGUGAAAGACAGGCGACAUCUCGAGUUCGGAUUAGUGCAAGAAAUCCAAACUUGGGCUUGCGACAUGCAUACCCAGAAUUUCUGCCUGACCCCAACCCAAAAUGGAGGAACAGUCUGCGCGAGAAGUUGGAAAGAAGUGACAUGCUGAAAAGGCGCAAUCAGAUUGAUAUACCUGAGUUUUAUGUUGGUAUGUGUAUCAAUUCCUAACUUUAGCGAUAUUUG